AUGUGGCAAAGGAUGGAGAAAGCCGCCUGUUUGCAGGCGCUCAAAGAUGAAUAUGAGCGACUGGGGCGACCGCUCGCUCGUCUCCAGUAUACUGGCAGAGAAGCGAAAGAGCAUGUCAGGAACCUGAUGAGUGGUGAGAGUGGGCCCGGCAGUGGCGGGUCGGCCGCGACGCCAAAGGCAUCUGCUCCGGAUGCAGCUGUGGCCGGUGCGAUCGUUCCAUACACGGAAGAAGAGGAGGCAGGCGAGGAGCCCGUGCCAGAGACCACCUACUCGGUCGCAUUCAUUGAGGGCGUUUGGUACAUCCUGCAGCACCUCCAUGGAGAGGCGAUGGGACAGAUGGCCUUGCCGGAAAUCGCGAGCAACGGGCAGGGCUACUGGGCACUCUGCGAGCACGAAGGUGUGUUCUUCGUGCACCAAGGAUUGGACAACAUCCCGGUGUCCGACUUCUUUGCAGAGGCGGCUGGAAGUGCGGGCGGCACCGCAGGCACGGAAGGCGAUGGCGACACCAACGUGGUAUCACUUCCUGGGAUGACGCGCGUCCCGGAUGAUGGAGACUCAGAAGAGGAAGAGGAAGGGCUCAUGGAUGGCGAGGUCUUGGAGUUCCCGUACAUCCAGACCGCAGAGGAUGGAUUGCAAGUGUUGCACACCGAGAAUACGAGCAUUCCGUUGCCCGAAGGGGUAACCUGGGUGCUGCAGCAGCAUCCAGAGACGCAGGAAUGGUUCGUUGACGAUUGUGAGAAAGGCUUGCACGUGAAGCCCAGAUAUGUUAGCACGCUCGAGAAACGAGCGGCCAAGCAGCUGGAGUCGGAGAAGGAUGCCAAGGCCAAGAAAGACGAGAUCGAGAAGAAGAGGACCCCCGCAACUUAG